GAGGUCCUGGACCUCUGAGUGUGAGGGAGGAGGCGGGGCCUAACCCCAAGGUACUGCGGAGUUUGCCUCGCCGGGCCAGUCGCUCUCACCUGAGCAUGGAGGAGACGAAGGACCCAGCCGCGGUCGGCGCCGGGAUGGAGGCCGAGGGGCCCGAGAGAGCCCAGGAGCUGCCCCCUUCGCUGCCCUCACCGCCAGCGCCGCCAUCCCCGCUGUCGCCUACGACCCCAGAGACCACCGAGCCCCCGCAGCCCCAGCCCGAGCCGUCGGAGGUCAACGCCCGGCAGCUGCUGCUGGACGAGUGGGGGCCGCUGGGCGAGAGCCUGCUGCUGCCCCCGAGGGUCACCUGGAAGCUGCUGCUCCUGCGGAGGCCGCUCUACCGCAACCUGCUGCGCUCGCCCAACCCCGAGGGCAUCAACAUUUACCAGCCGGCACCCCCGACCGGUCCCACCCGCCAGCCCCUGGAGGCUCUGGGCAACUUCCGAGGAUGGCACAUUGGGUCGGAACCGCUCCAGCAGAACUUCAGCUGGACAGUGAAGCAGCAGUGUGUGAACCUCCUAGCCGAGGGCCUGUGGGAGGAACUGCUGGACGAUGAGCAGCCUGACGUCACCGUCAUGGACUGGUAUGAGGACAGCCGUCUGGACCAGUGUGUGUACGAGCUACACGUCUGGCUGCUGGCAGCAGAUCGCCGCACGGUCAUCGCACAGCACCACGUGGCCCCCCGCAGCCCGGGGAGGGGCCCUGCCGGCCACUGGAUCCAGGUGUCACACGUAUUCCGCCAGUACGGCCCUGGGGUGCGCUUCAUCCACUUCCUGCACAAGACCAAGAACCGCAUGGAGCCCGGGGGGCUGCGGCGGACAAGGGUGACCGACUCCUCCGUGUCUGUGCAGCUCAGGGAGUGACAGGCUGACCCCGUGCCUCCCUGCCCCCAUAGCGCCUGCUUGGCCUUUAAAAGUCCCUAGUCCUUGGCUCCUCCCUGUUCCUUUGUCACCUCUCUGACCUCUUGGCAUUUCUCUUGACCAUUUAGCUCCUCUGUGUCCCUUCAGCACCACCCCUCUCCUUCCCGAUCUCUCAGCACCUCCAUCCCAACUCUGGUCCUUGCAUUUGGCCUGGCCCUUGGCUUCUCCUUUGACCUCUUCACGCCUGCUCCUGUGUCUGACUCUGGUUUUCUGAGCUCCAGGAGGGCAGGGACCACUCCUUGCAAAUUCAGAGCUUGUCAGAUAGUAGGUGCUCAAUAAAUCUUCACUGAAUGAAAGCAUACACACAAGCCCAAAGACGCUGAGUGCUUCUCUGGCCUCUGCUCCUUGUAGCUUCUCUCAGUUCACAUCCCAUCAGCACAUCCCCCAAUCCUUGAUUCUCCAGCACUCUUGUACCAUUUGCACUGACCUUGACCUCUGAACUCUGUGUACAUAGACCUGAACUCUCAGGAAUUCCUGAAAUCCCCUCCUGCCUCCAGCCAGUUAUUGCCCCAGAUCUGUCCCCUUGCCUUUCAUCCGGGACCCCUUGGGUCUCUUCUCUAAUUCUCUCAGAGUCCCUAAGCCCAGACACCUCUCUAGGGUCCUCAUCCCUGGAGGCACUGGGAACACAGAAUGCAACCCGAACAGAAACAUGACAGAUUGAACCAAAAUGUCCUCUGUGUGUCUGGGAGGGGGGUUAAAAGCAUGUAACAAGCCCAUCAUGCUGACACCUGCCUGUAGUCCCAGCUGGGUGGGAGGCUGAGGCAGGAAGAUUGCAAAUUCAAACCUAA